UACAAAGCAAACGAGUUGUGUCAAGAAUUAUUGCGUUUUCUUCAUAAAAUAAUCUCUUUUUUGUGUUAUAAAAUGUAAAAUAAGGCAUCGGAUCAAAAUACAAUAUGUACGUGAGAUUUUUGUUAGGUAGUGUUCCCGGUAUUUAGUGUUGUGAUGUGCGACUUAAGUGUUUCGGUCUUCCUCUACUGUAUCCCUUUCGAGUGAAGAGUGUAAGAUGGCCAAAAAAUCUGAGAACACCGGAGGGAAGCUGAUCACGGUUUCUAUUGUCGGAUUGUCUGGUACUGAGAAGGAGAAAGGGCAGCUAGGGGUGGGCAAGUCGUGCUUCUGCAACAGAUUCGUGCGCACGCACGCCGACGACUACAAUGUUGACCACAUCUCCGUGUUGAGUCAGUCGGACUUCAGCGGGCGCGUGGUGAACAACGACCACUUCCUGUACUGGGGCAGCGUCAACAAGGAGUAUGAAGACACUGAGUACAGGUUCGAGGUCAUCGAGCAGACUGAGUUCGUCGAUGAUGCCUGCUUCCAGCCUUUCAAAGUCGGCAAAACGGAGACGUACGUCAAACGAUGCGUGGCGACGAAGAUCCAGUCAGCCGAGAAGUUGAUGUACGUGUGUAAGAACCAGCUGGGGAUUGAGAAGGAAUAUGAACAGCGGCUGAUGCCGGACGGGAAGCUGAGCAUCGACGGGUUCAUGUGCGUUUAUGACGUCAGCCUCGUGCCCGGACGCACCUGGGAGAAGCAGAACGAAACCCUAGCAGCGAUUCUCCAGAACAUUCUAAAGCUCAAGAAGCCGGUAGUUCUAGUGACUUCGAAGAACGAUGAGGCAUGCGAACAAGGGGUGAGGGAGGCGGAACGACUGGUUCAGAGGAAGGAGUUUAAGGGGUGUAUACCCAUAGUAGAGACAUCUAGCCAUGACAAUGUCAAUGUGGACCAGGCAUUCUGUCUGCUUGCUCAGAUGGUGGACAAGACUAAGGCGAGGAUAAAGGUUGCCAACUACGCCGAGGCCCUACGAAUAAGGAGAGAGACCUUAGAUUUUGUCACCGAAGCUUUCACGCAACUGAUAAGGAUACACGUUCUGGAUCACAAGGAGAUGUGGUCGGCAGCUAGCAAGAGACUGUGUCACUACCCAGAAUGGAUCAAGUUCGUGCAGCAAUUCGGAAACGAUGGCACUCAAGUGGUGUUCCGACGUCACAUCAGACGGCUCAAGGAGGAGCGGUCAGCCAAGAAGCUCCGCAAACAGCUCGCCAAACUGCCACAAGUGUUGUCACGGAUGCAACUGCCAACAGAAGAGUUGAGAGAGGACGACUGGGCGAUGGUGAUCCGUCAAUUGCGCGCGCAUCGCGACUUCUCGCUGUACUUCAGCGAGGGCGGAGCGCCUGAAAGCGGCUCCGAGUCCGGUUCGGGGCUCGACAGUCCGCUCACCAGAGACACCACGCUGCGGGUCGGCGAACGAGCUAAUAGAUGCCAGACAUUGGGACAGUCUCAGAAGAUUCCCUACGACAUACUGGAGACAAACGAAGCUGCUUCCGUCUUCAAGACUUACCUCCAUGAAGCCCAGGAGGAGCAGAGGAAUUAUGAGUGGUGCCAGCAGUUCAAGCGUCUUCUGGAAGAGACAGGGUACGUGACGCCGGGCAAGCAGCUGUCGGAGGUGCGCGUGCUGCUGAUGGGCCGCGAGUGCUACGAGGCGCUCACCGAGGAGCAGCAGCAGCGGGUGUACGACCAGCACCAGCGGCAGAUACAGCGCCGGGCCAAGCAUAACUUCCAGGAGUUACUGCUAGAGCACGCAGAUUUGUUCUACCACUUCAAGAGCAUAUCGCCAACCGGUACCAUCACACAAGAGGACAUCAAGGAGAUAACCGAUGCUUUGCAGGAUGAUAUAAGAUACAAGAUGCUAGACCGGAUGGAGCAGGACCGCAAGCUGAUGCUGUUCCAGCACCUCGGCUUCGUGCACUGUCCCAUGCGGGAACACUGCCCCGCUGCCGCCAACUGCCUCGACCACACGCUGCCAGUCAUACUCAAUACUAGAGUCGGGUCAUUAACUUCAGCUGGUGAAUCUCAGUGCCACGCCGGCCCGCCUGCGGCCCCGUGGGCCUUAACCACGGACUCGAACCAGAUCAACGUCAUCAUAUUAGGAGUGGAAGGCAUAGCGGGUGAGUUCGGCAAGCGUCUGCUCGCCGGCUGCGACCCGGAGCGGCGCAUCGCCAUAGCGGGGCAGACGUGGCGCGUGGAGCAGCGAGUGAGAACUGACGACUUCACUGCUGAAACCACCGCUAUCGACGACUUUGCGCCUAAUGGGUAUUUCUGCGUGUACCAAGACCAAGAGUCGUUCGAGUACAUCAGAGGGUGUGCUGAGAAAACGUUGCUGUCUAGUCUCGAACAAGAAGAUAAAUUACCCUUCCAGGGUCUUCCGUUGGUUGUGAUGUUCGUCCAAGAUGAGGGGAUGGACAAGAAAGAGAUUACAAGACUGCAAGAGGACGGCCAGAAUCUCGCCGAUAACCUACACUGCUCGUACAUGGAGGCGUCAAUCAACGAGCUGGGCACGGAGGCGCUGACAGCGGACGCUAUACAGGAGUUGGUGCGGGCCAACAGGGACAAGGCCAGCUACGCCCACCUCUAUAGAGACCUAAUAGUGUGCUUCGACUCCGAUAUAAGGAUAAUGGUGUGCAUGUUCUGCGACGACCCGUACUCCCCGGAGCGCGUGCUGAGCCCGCUGCUGUCGCACCGCGCGUGUUUCCUCACCGGGGACCGCUCCAUCGUCAUCGAGACCUUCCUUGGGGACUCCAAGAGGAAGGUCGAGGUGAUAAUCUCCAGUUUCCACGGUGCAUCGCAGUUCAGAGAGGAGCUCAUACACGGGUUCAUUCUCAUCUAUUCUGCUAAGAGAAAAGCGAGCUUAGCCACCUUGAAUGCGUUCUCGAUGAACAUCCCGAACCUGCCGAUACAAAUGGUGGCGGUGACGGAUGGCGGCGGGUCUGCGGCGAGCGCGUUCUUCGGCACCGACCUUGGACACGCGCUCAUCACGGAGGGGAACGCCACCGCUGACCGCCUAGGGGCCCACUUCACUACAUACACCUCUAGUGCUGAGAAUAAGUCGGCAUUCUACACGCCAUUCUUCAAGGAGGUAUGGGAGCGUAAGGGCGAGAUCGAACGCGCGUUCCGCAUGGAGCAGCCUCACAACCUGCCCGACGUCGCUGCCUCCCGACCUACGCCACCGCCCAGGAACCACUCCUACCAUCUCAACCACAAAAUGGAACACAAGCUCACCAACUCGUUGGAUCUCCUCAUCGGGCCAGACUCGCGAGCUGACAUCGACUCGGAGUACAGCGACACCUUGAAUAAUUCCAAGAAUAGAGGUUUUUUGAAAGGUUUCAGCGUAUACCCACCGCCGAGCACGCCGCCCGAGCCGGCGCCACCAGAUCACAGGAUGCACGACUUAUCGCCGGAUCUCAACUGCUCCGAGGAUUCUCUCAGCACACACGAGUCAGAUGGUGGAGGCCUAUGGCAGCCGCCCAGCUACGGGCACCGCGCGUUCACCACGGGCCGUACCCGACCGCACCCCCCGCCGCACAGGGUCAGACAUUCGCAGACUCUGAAGCAACCUGGCAAAUUGGAUAUGAACAACUACACUAUGGUCAGCGACGCCCUACAACACAUCACUAUAGGACCUCCGCACAGAGAAAGAAAGUCUCAGCGGUCCGGUUGGUCUCACUCGAGCGGGCAGCAGAGCGGCCAUCACCACCAUCCGUCCGGAGUGAGCUCAGAAACUGAACUAGAUGCGCAGUACGCACAGAUAAAGGAACCGAACGAGUACAUGGAGGCGCCGUCGAUGAUGCGACUGAGACGACACCGGCGACACGAGAAGACGCCGCUGCACCAGCCUUCGUUCUCGGAGACGGACAGCUCGGGGUCGAGCGAAGCGUCGGGCGGCGGCGCCCGCGUGCACGCCCGCAGGAGACACAACACGCACCACGCGCCCAGGCAUUAUAAGAAACGGUCUUUAGGUAACCUGGUAGCGGUGCAGAGUCCGCGGGUGCCCAAGCUGGGGAUGUUCGUGGGCCCGCCCGAAUUGCCGACUGGCUACCGAGCGAGAACGCAAGACGAUAAAGGUAGCGAGUCGAGUGAAGGCAGUUCCGACGGCGAGACGAGAAGGCCGAGGCCUCUGCCGCCGCCGCCGCACCACGAGACCCAAACACAUAAGAUCCUUGGCGGGGAGUACCCGUCUUCAGCGCAAGAUAACUCGUCCUCGAGCGCAGCGGACUCGCGGCGCCGCCAGCACCCGUUCAGCAAGCACGACCGGCGACAUAAGGACUUCAAGAGCAAGGACAAGAAGAACGCGCAGCCGCUCGCCAAUGCUGCCAACAGUGCUGCUAACUGGGGGCCACAGGGUCCACAUGGAGUUCCGUUGUUCGUGGAGAAGUGCGUGGAGUUCAUAGAGCGGGAGGGGCUCGCGUCAGAGGGGUUGUAUCGCGUUCCCGGCAACCGCGCGCACGUAGAAAUGCUAUUCAACAAGUUCUAUGAAGAUCCCAACAUAGACCUGGAGUCUCUAGACAUUCCAGUGAACGCCGUGGCGACAGCGCUCAAAGACUUUUUCUCCAAGAAACUGCCUCCGCUACUGGAUGAAGCUAGCAUGGCGCAGCUAGAGGAUAUUGCGGCUAUGCGUGGCUGCAUCGCGGGCGGCGUGGAGCUGAAGGACCGCAGCUGGCGGCUGCUGGCGCUGCGCUCGCUGCUCAACACGGCGCUCACGCCCGUCGCCCGCGCCACGCUCGACUACUUGCUCGAUCACUUCUCCAGAGUUGCGGACAACUCGAAGCUCAACUCGAUGGACAGCAAGAACCUUGCCAUCUGCUGGUGGCCUACGCUGCUGCCGGUGCAGUUCUCCGACAUGGGCCGCUUCGAGAUGUGCCGCCCGUACCUCGAGGACAUCGUGCAGACCAUGAUCGACCAACACCCCUUCCUGUUCCGCGGCCAAGAGGCCUUUGUCAUGGUCUGAGAUACGUGUGAACCCACAAUGCAAGUAGCAUUUGUGAUGGACGACGUGUGACGUCAUUGUGACGUCACGCUUGCAAUGUGCGCGUCAACGGACCGCAUCCAGUGAGGUUAUACGUACGAUAGACAUAGCGUAAGUCCUGCUAAUAUUAUACCCAGCCCUAUGGCUACGUGGCUGUCCGGCGAAAUUAAAACCAUAUACGGUCACUGUAAAAGCAAUGACGUAAAGUGUCUUUACAUUUUGGUCGCGUUAAGUCAAGCUAUUGUUGUUCUAAUGUAGGUUUUAAUGAAGUUGUCUGUCGGUAUUUCAGUAAUGUUAGAUUCGGUUUAUUUUUUCAAGCGUUUCAUAUCAUGUGCUUAGGGUAUACCGCGGUGAUGGUACGCUUGCGUUGUCAUAUUUACGCUAUUAAUCACUGAAAUAGUGAUGGGCAAACGACGGAUUUUUAUACAACACGCAUCGGUAUCGAUUUUGUUUUCAUUCGGAAUAAAAAUCAGUAUUUUAAAAUUAGGUGUUACUCAAAUUAUAUCGCAUUUGUAGGGUAAGGUUGAAAUUCGUGCACAAAACUAUUUAAAGGGAAAACAAGUUUUUUAAAACGUAAGUAUUAUUGGUAUAUUUAAACAUUAUAUUUAUAUUAACUAAAUAAUGGCCCCGAUUCCUGCAGACACCUACUAAUUUUAUUUUUUAUAUCCGUCAUUUUCUUUUCCGUCGAAAAUUAAAGGGACGGAUGAUUACCGGCGAGAUGAAUAAAAUAGGCAUCCCGCCGGUAUGUAAUUCGUUUGACGUGCUGUCUACUUAACUCUGUCGGGUUAUUGGCCGAUGUAAAAUUUUUAGACGGUUGUUUUAGAUUUCUGCUUAAAAUUGACGUGUGUUGCAUAAAUUUUAUGCCUGUCGAUUACCCGUCCGUUUCUUUUUCAACGGAUAAGAAAAUUACAGGUAUAACUUAAAAUAAAAUUAGAUGGCGUCUGCAGGAAUUAGCACCAAUGGCAACACGUAAUGAGCACAUUCCGUUCAGAAAUUUAAAUUAUAAAGUAAAGAGA